AUGGAAACCGCAGCUAUCAGUGCAGUUUUUCUGGUCUCUGUAGCUGCAAAUACAGGAGCUGCAGUCCUGGUAACCUGUGGACGCAGGCUGCUUGCCAAUAAGACCAUCCUGACGCUCAACUUGUUCGUGGCUGAUCUGCUGUUCGUCAGCAUGAUCCCGCUGAUUGUGACAGUGCGUUGGACCGUGUCCUGGGAGCUGGGGUAUGCAGCCUGCCACACAUUGCUCUAUGUCAUCUGUAUGAGUGGCUGUGUCACCAUCACAACCUUGGCCACGAUCAGUGUGGAGAGAGUCCAGGCUAUUCUCUGGCUGCAGACUGUGCCAAGUCUGGCUCCCAGGAUGGUGACUGUGACCCUCGUCUUCAUCUGGGCUUUCUCUGCACUCACCUCCCUCCCCCUCAGUCUGUUCUUCACUGUGAUGGAAGUGGAUUUCCCAAAGCUGGAACACGGUCACAUCUGUACUCUCAAGUGGCCUGACCCAGCAGGGGAGAUUGUGUGGAACGUAGUCUUCACUGCCCUGAGCUUCCUUUUCCCAGGACUCAUCAUUCUGGUUAGUUACAGCAAAAUAUUGCAGCACCCCAAUGGAGACUCUCCUCACUACUACAUCUCCCGCCAGGAUAUGAAGCUGUUCCGUACUAUGCUGGUCUUGAUGCUUUCCUUCUUAGUCAUGUGGAGCCCUAUUUUCAUUAUCUUCUUCGUCAUACUGGCCCACAACAUACAGGGUCACAUAUAUGUCUCUUCCACCAUGUUCUUCUGGGUGGUGACGUUCACUCUGGCAAAUUCAGCGCUCAAUCCCAUCCUCUAAUCGGUCUGCCAGUUCAAGAACAGCUGGUGCAAACGCUGCUGUGGCUCAGUUGUGUUUCCAGUGAGAAAAAGACCCACCAGUGGGUGA